CUAAGCCCCCCCCUCUCUCUCUCUCUCUCUCUCUCUCUCUCCAUGAUCAGAUUUCUUUUCUCGUUUUUCUCUCCUGCAUUGUUGUAACAUAGAUACACAUGUAUGUGUGUAUGUAUACAUUGUCUGCAUCGUUCGAACAUCGGCAUCCGACCAUGAACUGAGAUUUUUUUUUGGGGGUGUUUGGUCUGUCUCCCAGAUCUGUUCGACCAUGGAAUGCUUCAAGCUUCGUGUUUGGGGAUGGGUUGUGGCAUAAGCUCGGGCCAGACAAGAUGUAUUUCCACGGUUUGUGUAAGGAUAACGUGCUUUUGCAGAACGGUAUUCGUCUGAAACCCGAGAACGAACGCGUUGAUUCGUAUCUAGAGACCUCGAAGCAGAAACCCGUCGGUAUGGUCACUCUUUUCGGGAGGCAGGUGUUUCCGGUACAAAGUGGGAGCUAUGAAUCUGUAGAUGAACAGCCAUGUAGGGAUCUGAAUAGAGAUAUUAUUGAUCUUGGCAGCCAUGGCUGUCCUGGAGUCACUGCUGAGAUAGAACUUUCGAUGGGGGUUGAAGUUAUCGAAAAAGAAGCAUCAAUCCCAAAGUGGCUUAGCAAGAGAAACCCGGUAUUCGUAAUUGAUCUCGAAGAACCUCCCUCUCGGCUCUCGCUGAAAGAGAUGGAACCUUCAGCUUCUGGCGUCGGGAGAGUUCUUGAAUCACAACCCUCUGUAGAUGAUGAUGGCACAUGCUACAGAAAUCCGGGAUUGUCAGAUGAAGGACAUAUGAGUGGCAACACCGAGAAAGCAAUGAAGAAGAAGAACACGCCAUCCUCGAAGCAGAGCUUCGUUCUGGAUCUGAACGAAAUCCCAGCUGAUGAGCCGUAUCCUGAUGGCCACCGCUACUUCUUACAGGACUUGAACUGCUAUCCUUACACGGAUGACACAACACCGAGCUCCGAGAAAAGUGGAGUUGAAGAUCCUACGCCAUUUUGCUCUCCUCUUAGCCAAAAUGUUCUUGAUAAAGAUAGUACAUCAUCUCCAGCUUCAUACACUUCAUGCUGUACCACGGAAAAUGACUCGAGAGUCGAGUCGAGGAGUUCUUGCCCGGCAACACUGAUACCCUCUUGUCGUGCUCGGCUUGAAUAUCCCGAAACAGAAGCCUUACCAAGCAAGCCUACGAAUGAGUCCCAUAAUGAGGAAGAUUCGUCUGAAAUGAGCUCGUGCAUUCAAUUUGCAGCUGAAUCAUUAGUCCAUAUCUCAUGCAACAGCUCAUAUCGACACCAAGACUUGCUGUCCAAACCCGAGCAACGACCUAUCUGCUCAUCUCAAGACCGAGACUUUUCAUCCAAACCCGAUUUGGGUAAUGCAGCACCGGAGUAUUCUUACGAUUCAUAUGAGUUAAUGACCAUGGAACUAACCGAAACCAGCCCUGAAGACUACUGUGUGUCAUCAAAGGCAGUAGAUGAACUAAACGUUACCGGGGAAAGCAAAGAACUCGGAUUAAAGCUGAGACGAGGGAGGAGGAUGAAGAACUUCCAGAAGGAGAUACUCCCGGGACUGGUCUCGCUCUCUAGGCACGAGAUACGUGAAGACAUAAACAUCUUGGAGGCGGUUUUGAGGUCAAGGGAGUACAAGAAGAUGCAGGGAAAGACGGGAGACGAGAAAUGCGAGGCAAACCCGAGAAAGAGACGUUCGGGGCAAAGGUACGUAGGCAGAAGAAGGAGAAGAUCUGAGUGACGGAAAAAAGAACCCGAGUUUCGGGUUUUUGACGUAUGGUGUGUAGUCAUUGGUGUAUCAUUUGAACAACGGGUCUAUUGUUACUCUCUGUUAUUGGCAUUGGUUGGAGUUUUUAGUAGUUAAGUGGUAGAAUCUGAUGUUACGACCUUCAAACUCCCUUCGGCUCUUUGUGCAAAUUCUUCCUCUA